AUGGCCAAUAUAGUCAUCGAACUGUUUCAUUUUUGCGUAAAAUUUCGUUUUCUAAAUCAUUUUAUUUUUGUCUUGUUUCUUGUUGAUCUUGUAUUGUUUUAUUUACUCUUCGCGUCACCAAGACUGAAGUCUAUCAGUGUGAAUCAACAUUAUUCAUACUAUGUUUGUACUCAAAUUUAUAAUGAAUCUGAACAUUAUUUGAUUGAUUGGCUUGAUCAUCAGUUCAAUGUUGUUGGUUUUAAAAAUGUUUGUUUGAUCAAUGUUGGUAAACCAUUGUCAACAUCUCUUCGAAAACAAUUUCCAAUUGCUUAUAUUGAAAAACCAAAUCAUUUUCAAGAAUUUCAUUAUUGUCUUUCAUCAUGUUUUGUGGAUAAACCAAUGCAUCCAGAAGAUUUACUGAUGAUUCAAGAUAUUGAUGAAUAUCUUAAUGUGAGAAAACCUGAUAUAAUAUUGAAGAAUUAUUAUAAAUACGAUCAAUUUCAUUUUAAUGAGAUUCGUUAUGGUUAUGUCCUAGAUACAAAUAACGAAAUGCUCAAUCGUUCAUUACGUACCACUAAUUUAUGGCGCAAGCCACAUCGCUAUCUUGGUGAAUAUGAGGAAAAGGAUUUACGAGAUUUGUUCAAAUGCAAAUCCUAUGGGGGUUGGCCAUCAUGUGAAGAAGGUAAUGGUAAAGAAAUGAUCCGUGUUGCAACCAUUCAAUCAUUGUCUGUCCAUUUUCACACGAGUAAACUUCAACCAGAUCGAAGAUACUAUGUGGAUAUGAAGGAAAUUCGUCUAAAUCAUUAUAUAAUGAGAACUAAAGAAGAUGCUAUACUAUCUGCUAAAAAAUGGAAUAAACUUGGAUCACGUCGUGGUCAAAUGGCUGUAAAUCGAUGGUUUCGAAUGAUAUUCGAUGAUUCAAUUAUAGAAUCAAAAAGACUUAUUUGA